UAACUUUCUAAAAAAUACUCAAGAUUCUUUAGUAAAAACAAUUCACAAUAAGUAACCAAAGACAACUGAUAAUAUAAUAAAUGAAAAUAUAAAAUCAAAUUAAUAAUUUGUGUUAGAUAUUUUUAAUUGCUUUAAAAUGAUAUUUACUUUAAAUGAAUUAGAACAUUGGUUGGGACUGACCAUUUUUGAAAUGUGGAUAAAUUUAGUUUCAUUAACAAUUUUCUCAGUGUUAUUGGCUCUUAGAUUGGAUGAAAAUUAUUUCCUGGGCAAUACAGGAUGGUGGAUAGUAUUUUCACCACUUUUUGUUGCUGAUGGUCUGAAUGCUUAUUUUUGUGCAAUUAUUUUCAUAAGAAUGCAUAUGGAAGGAAUGGUCAAAGCUGCUGUUUUAAGAGGAUUAUGGAGUCUCAUAUUGUUGAUCCUAAUAUUUGUUUUUAAAUAUCUUCUGUGUAGAAAGCUAUCAGGACAGAGUCCUUUAGAAUAUUCAGAAGUUUUGAGCCCCCUAUUUAUUCUUUUGCAAUUAAUUGCAGUUAGAGCAUGUCAACUUCAUUAACUUCUAUAGUAUAUUAUUACAUACAUAAAGUCAUAACAUACUUUUCAUCAUAAUCCAUUAUCACAUGUAUACAGACAGAAAAUGUAUUUAUCGUUUCUAACAAUUUAUUAUUAAAGUAAAUAAGCUUAUAAUGUGUAGUAAAAUAUCUAAGAAAUAAAUUCAGUUGUAGAAAAUACAAUGUAAAUGUAAUAUUGUAAUAAAGAAUUGUUUAAUGCUCAA